GUUUGCGAGUUAUUCGAGAGGCAUGGCUGUUCAUUGCACACAAGCACUUUGCAGAACAAAGUUUAGCUGUGCCAGUUUCGCGGGAAGACGCAGGCUAGGGAGCAGAGCUGCUAACCUUGAUAAUAUUGACAAUUAUGUUGAGUUGGCAAAUGGAUCUGUAUUCUACAAACAAGAAUCAAACAACUUGAAAUGCACUUUCAGAUACAUCGUUUCUGACCUUGCGAAGUUGUAUGCAGACAUUCCUGAUGCUGCUGGAUCACUGGAGCAGGUGCUUGUUUACAAUGUCCCCGGAGGAAAGCUGUACCGUGCACUAACAUUUCUGCAUGCGUACACACAGCUGCUCCACAGAUGCAGUAUUCCUGAAGAUUCUCCAAAACAGAAGUAUAUUAUGGGCAUCUGCAUAGAACUGCUGCAGGCAAGCGGUCUGGUGCUAGACGACCUGGUGGACGGCAGCGAGCUGCGCAGAGGCAGACCCAGCUGGCCCUCACUGAGGAACUCGGCGAGCAACGUGGCCCUUAAUGAUGUGUCCAUGAUUAUGUCAUCUGUCUUUACUCUCCUGCACCGACACUUCGGCAGCCAGCUGUACUACCUUCGCAUACUCCAGCUAUUUCAUCAGGUUUUGCACACAACAUUUCUUGGGCAAGUUUUGGAUCUAAAAUCUCACAAUUCUGAUGGAAAACCUCAGCUGGAGUUGUUCACCAUGAACCGAUAUCGCAGCAUGGCUAAAUACAAGACUGGGUUCUACACCUUUUACUUCCCUGUCUCCAUCGCUAUAAUCAUGGCUGGCUGCAAUGAUGUGGACGAAAUGACACAGCUUGAAGAUAUUUUGUUUGAGAUGGGAAUAUUCUACCAAAUUCAGAAUGAUUACUGGGACUGCUACCAGGAUUCAGGGUUGACCGGAAAGAGUGGUAAUGAUGUGAAGGAAGGCAAGUGUACGUGGCUGUCAGUGGUUGCUUUACAGUCAGCUUCAGCCAAACAAAAAGCAGCGUUUCAGGAGUGCUACGGGCAUCCACUCUGCUCCCACACAUCUGUUGUCAAGGAUCUCUACGAAGAACUGGACAUCCACAGCAAGUACAAGGACUAUGAACAGAAGACUUACGACAAACUGUUCGCCAAGAUAUGUCAAGUACAACACUGUGUGCCACAUCAUGUUCUCUUUAGCAUACUGAAUAUGUUGUUUAGGAAAAGAACUGAUGUUGGCCUUUACCGGUAAAUGUGCGAAGAAUCAGUGUAACAUAUGUAUAUCAUUUUCUCCCAAGAAAUAUCAAUUAGCUAGAGGCAUGUGGCUAAAUGAAAACUGCAAUAAUUAAAACAUAACAGGCCAAUAGUGGUAAAGUACAAUAGAAAUCAUUACUUUAAAUUUUAAUUUGCUGAACUUAUUAAAAGAAAGUUUUACCGUUAAAUAUGCAAUUAUUAUAAUGCACAAGCUAUAUAGUUUGUAGACUGUCAAUGCUGUGGUUAAAACAGUGAGUCAAGACACUCAGAGGUGCAGUUUCAAAGGGACACUGGAAGAAGAAAUAUUUUUGUCACCAUUAAGAGAAAAAAUUUAUUGUCAGGAAUAUUUACAGUGCAACAAUUAAGUACAUAUUCACCCCUAGGUAUCAUUACACCAGACAUCAGCCAUCUUUCACACAGCAUGAAUUAGAUUUAAGCACUAAAUUUAUUCUGAAAAACAUAAUACAGUCAUACUGAUGAUCAUGUAUCCAAACAAUAACACUCUUAACUAAUAACAAUUAUAAUCAUAUUUGGGCACAGGGAAGACAAAUAUUACGGAAAGGUCAUCUUUACGCACAUAAACACUUCCCUACCUCAGAAAUGUGGAAGUGUCCCAAAUAUCACAAAUGACAGGCCACAUCUAACUUCAAUCAAGCUGCUUCAAUUCAGUAAGCUGGCAUCGAUCAACCUGCUUCUAUUCAGAUUUUUACCUGCUAAAUACUUGUUUCCUAACAUGUCUGUACAAUCUUAACUGAGUACAUACAGUGUACAUUCAUACAGCAGCUUUUUACGUGUUUGUAUUAAACGUUUCUACUUUAGCUGAAUAGUAUUUCUUGUUUUCAAUCUCCUGGUGCAGGAUUUAAAAAAAAAAGUGAGCAGCUUAAUGAUUUGUCUGAAAAUAAGUUAACAGGCUUAGUAUAAAUUUUUGACGAACAUCAAUAAAAUAUCAACUUAUUCUAGUUUUUGAAACUUUUUUAUUUUGUAAAUUAUAGUAUGCAGUUUAUGUGGAAAAUGCGAAGUUUUUAAUCAACUAACAUAUUUAAAAAAAUGCAUGUAAAACUAAAAUGUACAUUCUUAAAAUUUACUUUGAAAAUAAAUUAAUUUCAAACUAAA